CAGCGAAUUUCCACAUCUGGCUCAGAACUUUCCCCGCUAUCGUCAAAACUGACGUGAUAGCGACCAAAACGAAGAAGAAGAAGGCUCAGAACUUGCAAACGUUAAUUUUCAGUUCAAUUUAUCAAAAUUUGUCCCGUCUUUAUCAUAAAUCUGCAGAGAAUAACAUCCGGAAUAUAGUGGGCUAAGUUAGUUGAUUAUUUUCUAGAAUUCGCAUUAAAGAAAACUUUCCAAGGUGGCUCAAUUUGGAGGGACCGGUGGCAAGAUGCGUCGCUCGCAGGGCUACGCCUAUCAACCGUUGGCCCAGAAUCCGGGACCGAGUGGGAAUCAUAGCCACGACGCCCUAGAGGAAGAGAACGAACGAUUGGCGGAUGAUUUGAAAAACAAAAUCGGUGCCCUCAAAUCGCUGACCAUCGACAUCGGGAAUGAGGUCCGGUACCAGGAUAAGCUGCUGCGAGGCAUCGAUGAGGACAUGGACCGCACCGGGGGCUUUCUGUCCAACACAAUCACCAGGGUAGUGAGACUCGGGAAGGGAGGACAUCGGAACUACAUGUGCUACAUGUUUCUGUUUGUGAUGUUUGUAUUUUUUAUUCUAUUUUUGAUUAUGAAGUUGAGAUAGUUUGAGGUAUAAUUAGGGAAAUUUGUGAAUGUGAUUCAAUGCUAUUAUAUUAUAUAUUCGAGGAAAAUAUAUCCAUAAGAACAUUUAACUAUAA